AUGACGGAGGGCGUCGCCAUCAGCUCACCUCAGCCGGCCACGACGCCGGCGGUCGUCCUCGCGUCGACGCCGGCGGGGGGCGUCAGGGUGCUGGCGCUGAAUCGUCCGUCCAAGCGCAAUGCGCUGUCGCAAGAGCUGAUUGACGUGUUCGUUGGCCAUCUUAGGGCGGCAUCGGCAGACGAUAGCGUCCGUGUCAUCAUCGUGACAGGGAGCAGCAGCUUUUUCUGCGCGGGUGCGGACAUUAAAGAGAUUUCUGCGCUCGGUGCGGAAGAAGCGCGUCAACGGCGGUAUCUCGAGGAUCUCUGCACAGGGAUGCGUGGGGUGCACAAGCCCUUGAUUGCCGCUGUCGAGGGCAUGGCGCUCGGCGGUGGGUUCGAACUAGCAUUGAUGGGACGUGAUCCUCGAACGACUGCGAUCUCAUUUUCGCUGCACACGGCAGUCGCUUCGGGCUCCCGGAGGUCACAAUCGGCCUGCUGCCCGGUGCAGGGGGCCAUGAAGAUGAUCCUUUUGGGCGCACCCAUCCCAGCCGCCGAGGCCCUCGACGCCGGUCUCGUGGCCGCGCUGUUUGACGACGGUCAAGUGCUCGACAACGUUCUGGCCGUCGCCCAACGCCUGGCCAGCUCGAGCCGGAUUGCAUUGUCUCUGGCCAAAGAAUCCAUCUGCCGAGCCGAUGAUCUGGGUCGCGACGACGAUUUUGAGCGAAGCCUCUAUUACUAUUCAUUCGGCACGCGGGACAAGGCCGAAGGCGUGGCAGCAUUUCUGGGCAAGCGAAGCCCCGAGUGGCCGAAUUAA